AUGCCGACCGAUCAACAAGAUGAUCCGUCGCAGCAGCGCCCUGCGUCCCAGAACGCGGAGCAAUCUGUAGUACAGCUUGCUCUGUCAACCCCAACGAUCGGCCUAGGGGCGGAGAAUCACAAUGAUAACCUGAACCAAAUACAAUCAGGCCCACUUGAUGUUACUCAGCCUCUGCUACACCCUGAGAUUCCGGACGACCUUGAUAUCCUUUGGGGAGACUCAGAGCUGGGCCUGGACCCAAGUGCACCGGCCUUUCCGUUAUGUUCUUUCUCAUUCGCACAAUAUGGCAUAAGCGAUCCUUUCCAGUCCCUCCAGGCAGAACCCUUUCCCAGCUUUAAUUCAACUGAGGGUCAACAAGGCCCUGGCCUCAACGAAGACCCACUUUCUCGCAAUAUGUCCAGACUUCCCUCACUUCAACCGGAAGAUCAACCGCAACCUACACGAUUCGGUCAAGGAUCAAAGCUGUCCAUGCCACAGAUAAACCGCAGCGACUAUGCUAUGAUUUCCAGCAUGAUACAUGAUCAAAAACAUGUCUUACCGCCAACAUUCCAUUGGCCUUCCAGACACGCCCUGAGUCGCUAUCUUGAGGGCUUCUUCAAUGGGUUUUACGACCAUCUGCCCUUUUUACAUUUGCCUACUUUCGCAUUGUCAUCUUCGCCACUCAUGCUAAUAUUGGCCAUCUUUGCGAUGGGCGCUCAAUUUCGUUUUGAACGGGAAGAGGCAAUCGAACUCUGGAAGGGCGCCAAGGCCUUGAUCGAUGACCACCUCCGACGUCGCGCAAACGAUGUCAACGCGGCUGUCCACACACCUUUACAGCCAUCCUUCUCACCUUCCCGGGCGGGCCAAUCCGAUACUAUUGACAAAUCGAAUGUUGAACCCCUGAUGAGCCUUGAAACAAUACAGGCAAUCAUUAUUGUCUUGUCAUUUGCCACGUGGAACCACAAAUCGCUGCUACGAGAUGCAGAGGACGUUGCAACCCGACUCCAAAAUGCCGACAUUGCGAUUACGACCAUUAUUUUAAUUACAUGCGAGGUGCUGGACCAGUGUCCCCGUUUGAAAUGCGUCUACGCGAUGGCGACCGGGACUGAAUGGGUGGAUCUUGAGGGAUUUCGCAAACGCGGCGUCACGGUCGUCAGGGCACCCCAGUCCAACGUGGAUGCCGUGAGCGAGCAUGCAAUCGCGUUAUAUUUCGCAUCGCGACGAAAAAUCGUUGAAAUGCACAACCGAUGCAUGAGCACAGACGAAUACGCGGAGCAGGGGACGUUGACGCAUCAUUUUCCUGCUCCGCCGCCUUCGUGUUCGUCCGAGACCCUGGCGAUCAUCGGCUACGGAUUUCUCGGGAAAAAAGUCGAGAAAUUAGCCAGGGCGCUCGGCAUGACGGUCGUGAUCGCAGAUCGCAAAGGCUCCCAAGAUUUAAGAGAAGGGCGCGUGGAUUUUGAGACCGCUCUGAAGCGGGCUUCAGUGGCUAUCGUGACUAUUGCGAAAACUCGCGACACGAUUGAUCUUAUUGACGAGAAAGAGUUGCGGAUGAUGCGGAGCGAUGCCAUCUUGAUCAAUGUAUCUCGAGGCGGCAUUAUAAAUGAGAAGGCACUGAUUUCUGCUCUUCGUCAAGGCGAGAUUGGAGGCGCUGCCACGGAUGUUUUUGGAAAGGAACCGCCGGCACGAAACACAUCGCUAUUGUGUGAGGAUAUCCCGAACCUCACCGUUUCGCCACACCUGGCAUGGUUCUCUGGCCAAACUAUUCAGAAUCUACAAGAUCUUCUCGUUAGAGGUUUAGAUGCCUAUGUUAGAGGAUCCCCCAUAAAUACUGUCUAG